GGAGUAAAACAAACACAAGGCAAGACAGAAGCAACAACUAGGACAGGGAUAACGAGGGGAAAGGAAAAGGGCAAAUAUAAAGUGCCUGAGUAAACAGAAAAGGAUGUGGAUCACACUGGAUAUGUUAUCAUUCUCUGUUUUAAUGUGAAAAAACAUGCAGAGAAUAGAAAAUGAUGGUUGGCUGUUCUGUGUGUCUGGUGGUCUGGAGUUUUCUCUGGAUGUUAGCUUCUGCAGAAGGAGAUGCUGAGGUGUCCUGUGUUUUUAUGGAGAGCUGCAUCUUACCGUGCAGCUUUCAGAGCAGCACUGAUGUUGUCAUCUUCUGGAUUCAUGUGACAGCAGGAGACACUCUUGUCCACUCCUACUACCACAACCAAGACCAGCUGGGACGCCAGGACCAGCGCUUCAGAGGCAGGACAUCACUGUUCAAGGACCAGAUCUCCGGAGGAAACGCCUCGCUCCAGCUGACUGGGGUCCAGGUUCAGGACCAGGGGAGAUACAAGUGCUACACCAGCACCAUCGCUGCCAACAAGGAGUCAUUUAUCAACCUACAAGUGGACGCUCCGGUCCAUAAAGUCGACAUGGAGCAGGAAGAAAACAGGAUCACCUGCAGCUCAGAGGGGAUCUACCCUGAGCCUGAACUCACCUGGUCCACCAGCCCUCCGUCCAACGUGGCCUUCAAGAACACAACCAGCAGAGUCCAGCAGACUGAACAGCUGCUCUACAACAUCAACAGCUCUCUGAUACUUUCAGACAGGGUUACUGAUCUGGUCUACAGCUGCACCGUCAGCACUCGCAGCAACAGGAGGAGAGCCACUUUGAGGGAACUGACUUCUCUCGAUGGUUCCAGCUCUGACACAACAAUCCCCUGCUCUGCCUCAAACACUUCCCUUCUGAACUUCAGCCUCGUCUGGAGAUUCAACCACAGUCGGAUCAUCCUGAACCGGACCAGGACCAGCGUCCCCUACACAGUCUCAGAGGAGUGGAGGCAGCAGGUGAAGGGUGUGUCUGAGUCAGGCAGCCUCACACUACAAGACUUGUCUUUGAAACAGGAGGGGAUAUACACCUGUGAACUCAGCGAUGACGAGGAGACAAACAUAACCAACACCCUGCUGAGGAUAGAGGAAGGGAGUCAAACUGGUGUCACACGUGUUAUUGUAGGUUUGGUGGUUGGAGCCAUUUUUGUUGUAGUUCUAGCAGGACUUGGUGUACGGUACUACAAAAGGAAGAGCCACUCGAAGGAAUGUGAGACCAGAGACAAAGUCUGGAAGCAAACGUUUGACUCCGCAAUGAACCCCUGAGUAACUGCAAGAUGCAACAACCAGCUGCUGCAGUGAGAUGAAGUCACACUGUGCUGCUCUGAAGUUUCACUGCAUUAAACUAAUGUGAGCAAAACUUCCAUUGAGGAAUCCAUGUGAGAUGGACAAGACUAAAAAAGACUAAAAGUAGCUGCUAGAGUGAAGACAAACUCAGUCCAAACACUGAGUCCACUAAAUGGAUGAUCAUGAACUUUAUUCAGAUAUUAAAUCAGCUAAUAACUUUGAGCUGCUACAGUCUGUUUGUAAUCCUGUGUUACUUUCAGUAACAGUUCCAGCUCAUUGUUGGUCCGUGCAAACAAUAUCUGGUGUGAUUCUUUGUCUGUAGUAUUUCAUUCUUUCCCCAAAUCUUCUGUGGAAUAGACCAUCUUGCUUUUUGUUUACACCGGCACAUGCAUGCCCAGUGUACGUGAACGGCCACUUAAUGUACGUUUUCAGUCGUUUUAAUAUAGUGAUGGGAAAAGUGAGUCUUUUUGCUGAAUCGGAUCUUCAAAUCUCGUUCAGCAAAAUUAACUAAUGUUUUUUUGAGUCAUUUCGUUCAUUUGAACCAGGCUGGUUUUUGCAGCUCUGCAGCCCUCUAGUGGGCGAUUAAAAAACAGCGCAGUUCUCAAACACAGAAGGCUGCCUGGCUUGCUUUAAUUGACAAAGUAUAAUGCUCAAAUUCACCUCUUGAUCUUUCUUUAUCAUGGUUCUAUAAAGCCCCAUGGAGCCACAACCAAAUUCAAACCAUGUAAAAACCACAGAAAUAUGUUGUCAAUAAUCAAUCGCCACUACUAACGGCUAAAUCCGUCCGCCGAGCUGUCACGUGACAAAUGAACGACUCAAACAGACCCACAGAAGAGAGUCGUGAACUAACAAUACUGUUUCCUGUGCUGCCGGAGCCCGGGCAGCUGCCGUGUGAUGCGUGAACGUGAGAGUCCAAGACUAUUCACUAUUCUAACAAAUUAGUCAUUGAGACUACUCGUUCCUCCUGAGUCAUAAACAAGAUUAGGCCAAAUGAACAAGCUACUCACUGAACGACACAACGGAGAUACGCACUCAGAUACGCAGCUAAAAUGCUGGUGUGGACGGGGA